AGGUUCUGUUCUCAAGCGCCGUAUUCCAUCGCAUGUUAGUAAACUCUGAUAAAGAAGCCAAAAAGUCUCCUUCGCGCUUUCUGAAACCUCCCUGAAGGCAAAAUGGCUCGAGAAGGGGCUCUGUGGAUGGGUGAUCUGGCAGAUUACAUGGACGAAAACUUUAUCAUUGCUGCUUUCCGUGCUCUUGGCGAGGAGAAUGUUCAGAAUGUAAAGGUGAUGAAGAACAGGUACACAGGCCACCCAGCUGGCUACUGCUUUGUCAACUUCUCCUCGGACCAGGCUGCUUUGACCGCCAUGCACAAGCUCAAUGGGAAGGUCAUCCCGCAUAGUCAGCCGCCUGUGCGAUUCAAGCUGAACCACAGCAGUACACGUGGUAACAACACAGAUAAAGAGUAUUCUUUGUGGGUGGGUGACCUUACACCUGAUGUGGAUGACUUCGCCCUAUACAAGACUUUUGGGAGCAGAUAUAACAGUAUCAAGACAGCAAAAGUUAUAUAUGACCCAAAUGGACAAAGCAAAGGAUUUGCUUUUGUGAGGUUUUAUUCAGAAGAUGAGUACAAAGAUGCCCUCACACAUAUGAAUGGCUUCAAGGGCCUGGGCCAGAAGCCUCUGAAAGUGAGUUAUGCUGUGCCCAAGAAGCAGCAUUACCCUGGCAUGAAUCACAUGGGCGGUGACUAUAUAGCCAGGGCACUGGAACAAUUAUGCUACUACAACACUGGCUUGGAAGAGAGGAGAUGCACAGGAGAUGCAAAGGACACAAGCAAGGAAGAUUUCGAACCAGUGGAAUGGAAUGUCCCCAUUGAUGUUGACAAGGCCAAUGCAGAGUACAUUGAGAGGAGUGAGGAAUUGUGGCAGGCGAUUGAGAAGGCUCGCUGGACUUUCUGGGAAGAGGCCAAGGAAGAUGAAUGAGAUAAAGAGAAAAGACGCAGCAGUAAAGUUUAAAGACGGAUUGAAUUGUCUCCUUAUCUGUAUUUAAACCAUUUAAGAUUGUUGGUUUGCUUCUCCAUAUUCUUUAAGAAAAAAAAAAACACAAAAAACAUUGUAUGAAUGUGUAAUAUUUUUGUUUGUUUUCCAAAUACAUGUAUAAAAUUAAUAGUAGGUGUUGCCAAUGGUGAGAGGCUAUUUUCUUUUCUUUGUCCCUUUUUAUUUUAUUUUAUUUUUGAGUCUUUUGGUAAGAAUGUUAUUCCAUAUCAAAGGCAGGAGUAGGAGGAAUAAGAUAAGAUCAGUGAAUAAUAAAAGUUUAUCUCUGUUAUUUAAUGUAGAAAGAAGCUUCAUAUUGAUGUAAAGUUCAUUCAUGAAUGAGCAAUAGUUGUGGACAUGAUUGAUUUUAUGAUUUCUACACAAGAAUUAUGAAAAAAAAGUUAUGCAAAUUGUACCUAAUUUAUUUAGUAUAAUGCACAGGUUUUCACUUGUGAAUUUUUCUUUUAAUGUACUGAUUUAUAUUAUGUUUGUAUUUUCCUAUAAUCUUUUACAUUUAGAUGUGUAUCACUUUCUAAGAUUGUCUAUAGAUGAUGCAGUAGCAAGAUCUCUUUUCAUGUCAGCAGUCUUACACUAUAUUUUUGUACCUGUAGGAUUACAUGAUACAAAGAGGGAAUUUGUAUGUCAGUAUAAAGUUGCUGUCGGAGGCAAGCUCACGAAGCUCAAGCAUUGGUGUACAUAAGUCGUGUGAUCUUGUUAUUAACUGGUUUAACACAUGUUGGCUUGGUACUUGUGCAGGCUUGUGGCUUUUUGGCAUGGCUCGUCAGCAGUGCAAUCUAUCUGUUUCUGAUUAAUUUCAUUUAUCCAUUUCUAAAUAAGUUGGAAAUUCUUAUUCAUAAGGGAUGAGGUCAGUUUACCAGUUUUGAAUGUUUUCUUUGGAAUAUGAAGGGCUUUAUUGUUUAUGUAUCACUACCUCAUUAUGGACAUGUAAUUCAAAAGAUUUUUCUAUAGCUCACUUCUAUUCAAUUUUUCUUGUUUAAUGUCGCUUCAGAUUCUGAUGUGAUGAAUCAAACAGGGGAUUUAUAUAAGUCUUAUAUUAUUUACACUUCAUUGGGGAAUUUUUGCAUUUUAUAUAUAUAUGAUCAACUAGCAUUGCAUAUGCAUUUGUAUAGGUACAUAUAAUGUAUAUGGACCAUUUGUACAGUAUGUAACAAAGUAGUCAAAAUAUUCAACAGAAAUAUUAUAAUGGUAAAUGCAUCAUCAUAAAUAUUUGACAUUUGUGUGUACUCUUAAGUGUGUUUUUGCUAAUAUGCUAUUUAGAAUAUUUGUCAUUUCAUAGAUCUCAAAAGUACAAAAAGAAGAGAAACCGUA